CACAUAAAAAGUCUUCCUUUAUUUCCUGUCCACUGUCCCUCCUGCGUUUGCUGCUUCGCUUCGCCGGCGCCGCCCAUGGCUUCCUCCAUGGCCGCCGCCGCCUCCUACCUCUCCCCGCCGCCUGUGACGGCCGAGAGGCCAACGGCCCGCGGCUGCCUCCAUUUCCCCAGCGCGCCCGCCAGCUCCCGCUUUCUCCGGCUCCACUCCGCCGGCGGCCGCUCGCCGGCCAAUAGAAAACCGCGCUACUUGCGUAGAGCGGCCAAGGUUGUGGUGGCAGCGAUGGCUGAUCCUCUAAAGGUCAUGAUAGCAGGGGCUCCGGCGUCCGGUAAGGGCACACAGUGUGAGCUCAUCAAGGCCAAAUAUGGUGUGGUGCACAUCUCUGCUGGAGAUUUGCUAAGGGCGGAGAUCGCUGCUGGGACUGAGAAUGGGAAGCGGGCCAAGGAAUUCAUGGAGAAGGGACAGCUGGUUCCCGAUGAUAUCGUUGUUAAUAUGGUUAAGGAACGCCUUCUGCAACCAGAUGCUCAGGAAAAUGGUUGGUUAUUGGAUGGGUACCCAAGAAGCUAUUCGCAGGCUAUGGCACUGGAAACUCUUGGAAUCCGACCUGAUAUUUUCAUUCUAUUAGAUGUUCCAGAUGAAAUUCUUGUUGAAAGGGUGGUUGGGAGACGGCUUGAUCCUGUAACAGGGAGAAUAUAUCAUGUAAAGUAUUCUCCACCAGAGAAUGAAGAAAUUGCUGCAAGGCUUACGCAACGAUUUGAUGAUACAGAAGAAAAGGUUAAGCUGAGGUUGCAGACUCAUUAUCAAAAUGUUGAGUCCUUGCUAUCAAUAUAUGAGGAUGUUAUAGUUAAAGUAAAAGGAGAUGCCACAGUGGAAGGUGUGUUUGCCGAGAUCGACAAGCUACUGAAUUCUAGUGUGGACAAGAAAGAAGAAAUGGUGGCCAGCGCGUGAGCGGGAAAAGACUCUGCGCUGGUAGACAUGUUCAUGUAAGCUGUCUGACAUGAUAUAUUUCUCCAUCUGUCUGUGGUUGAAGCAUGGGGGAAUUUUGGUCCAAAGUGCCCCACUUCUUGUUGUAAGUGACAAGUCAAUGAAUCAUUGGUAGGAUGAACAUUAGAAAUCCUUUUAUCAUACGAUGAUGUACAUGUGAUAUUCCUAUCCUGUAAACAUACAGAUCCGCAUUGAAAAUAUGGAAAUUGCAUUGUUUUUCAUCCCAAA